UCCCGCGCGGUGGCCUGAGGCGGAGCGGGCGCGAGUGCGAGCGCAGCAGCGGUUGCGAGUGCGGGUGAGAGGACGUGCGACGUCGCGUCGACGGCCUGGGCAGCGCUCCACACCUCACCCCACGUGCAGCCAUGGCGUCUGCCGCCAACAGCAUCCCCUGGAUGGAUGAUCCAACUUGGACAGAAGGGACGUCUCCAACUCCAGAAGAAAGCGGUGUGUCUGGAGACUCCCCAGCUGUGCUCGCUGGGAUUGUAGUAGGCGUGCUUGCCACUAUGAGCUUACUCUUCUUAUUUGCCCUUCUGAUUGACUGCCGCAAUCAGCAAGCAGAGGCAGCAAAAAGACAAUCGGAAGAAGCUCGGGCAGCGAGGCGAAGAAGGCGUGUAUUCAGACUUCCUGCCUUUUUCCGAGGAAGAGGAGCAAAUGGAGAUGGCCUUGCCUUUGCUAGUCAAGUGUGCGAAGAAAAUCGGAACACUAAUCCUGUGUUAGAGGGCAAUUCCUCUACAGUGGUGGAUAUAACUGAACCGAAACCUUCAUCAUCAAGUGUAUUACAGUGUUGACAGUGAGAAUUUCUUCAGAAACUGAAAUGCACGUUUCAUGUUUGUAACAAAUUUAUGGACCAAAACAAACUUUGGAGAGGAUAAGGAAGAUAAGGCUAUAUUUGCAUUUCAAAACAUGGGAGAAGUAAUCUAUAUAAAAAGUAUUUAUUUUUGUAAAUGCAUACAUACUAGUUUUAAGUCUUCCAGCAUGUGGCUGUGAAAUGAUGGGGCAGCGAUCAGUUUGCUACUAGUCUGCAAGACUGAAGGCUUUGGCCUUGGUGCUCAACCAUCGAUACUAAGUUCCUUUGUUAGAUUCAAUAUAAAGAGAGUGCAGAAAAUCACAUUAUUGUGCAUCAACAAGUAAUGUAGGUAUCUAGAGUAACUGCAGUUGCAAAUGGCUGCAGAACUAUUAUUAUAAGAAAUAAAAUUCAUCAACAAUAAUAUUUAAUGAGCAAAGCAUUAUUUUAACAUUACAUCCCAUAAAAACAUUGUGAUGGAUUUGUCUUACCACAAGUUUUCCACAUUUAAGAAGUUUCACAAUAACAAAUUCUUCACUUCUUAAUUAUAUAGCAAAUGGCACUAUCAAUUGUAAUAAUUAUACUACAUUCAUUUUAACUUUCUGAUGAACAUGUAUAACUGGAAUGUCUUCAAAAACACUUAUACAGAAAAUACUAACUACUAUAUUAUUGUGUAACAUCAACAAACUGUUUCCUAAAGAAUAUAAACUGUAAUCAUUAACAUAUCACUUAAUAUUUCUACACUACGAAAGAACUUCACUAUCAAAAUUUCCUAACAAUAACUAGCAAAGAACAAUAAACCUUUGCAGACAUUUAUUUGGAUAUUUUAAAAACAAACAUUUCUUUAGCACUGCAACGCUAAGCAGUAACUAAGACACUGAAUACAAUAUAUCACAAACUAAGAUUUUUAAUAUUAUUUGAAUAUUUAGCACAAUAGUAGUAUAAAAAUAUUAUUUCAGAACACUAUAAGACUCAAUAUAUAAAUUCUUUAGCUGUCAUUUACCAAUUAACAAAAAUGAGAUUUUUCCUUACCUCAAUAUACAUACAAAUUAUCAUCCUUGUUGACAAACAUUUUCACACAUUUGAGCAAUCUUUGAAAUCACAUAAGAGCAAUUUUAUCCAAUAGGAUUACAUCUAUUUCCGUCUAACACUUCCCUAAUACCAUUGCAAGAAGAGCCAUUCGCACAUACAUUCCACAUUCGGCUUGACGGAAAUAUGCAGCUCUAGGAUCAGAAUCUAUCUCGGGGGAGAUUUCAUUGACUCUUGGCAAUGGAUGCAACACACACAUUCGGCGUUUGGCCAAUGUCAUCAGUUGUGGAGUAACAACAAGUAGUCCACAAGCCUAUAACACAAAGAAACAAUUGAAGCUGGAUAAUAAAUUACAUUACAUUACAUUACAAUACAUUAUAGGGGUUUGAUAUAAGAUUUACAAUGCUCCUACUGAAUUCGUACAUUAAAUUAGUCAUAUACAAAUGAGGCGUUUUCUAUACCUAAGAACGACACAAAUUUGAUAUUACACACACUACAAAUUACUGUAGAGAAACAAGGUGACAGUAGUUGAGGAGAGUUUUACACCAGAAGUGUAAACAUUAAAAAAGUAAUACUAUGAAAACCAUUCACGUCUUAAAAUAAUUUUGAUAAGUGUUAUGAGUCAUUCAAAAUGUAAGUUUUAAAAUUUUUUGCUUUUUCUUAUCUCCCCUCUGACCUUGUUUUAACAACUCUUACAAGUAUUUUCCUUAUGAUAUCCCUAAGUAUUCCCCCCACUUCAUGAGUUAAAGGAAAGGAAAUUAUAAUUAUAAAUUGGCUAUUUCAUAUAAAUUAUUUAAUACAAGAUACAUUUUUGAUUUAAUACAAGAUGCUUUAGAAAGAAGUUAAUAAAAUAAUUAUUAUAAAUUAUGGCUGGGUCAACAUUUGAUUGGGUAAAAAGCUUGCCUUCUUGCAAGAUUAAAUGAUAUUAGAUCUGGACAUUUUCUCAGCAAAGGGAGUCAAAACAAUUCAAUCUAUGGAUUAUGAUGACCGAAAACAUUGCUAAGAAUUAUCAAUAAAAUGCACUUAAAAUGUGAUGUAAAAAGUUUCACCAAAACCAGUUGACAUGAACAACUUAAGAUCUUGGAUGUGUUUCUCACGUAAUCGAGGCUUCUUUCUUUUGUUUAAUUAAACUUAGCAUGCAAACUUUUGUUUGGAUUGGAUUUGUUAUCCCGAAAUCGGUUGAACCAGCAAUGGUCUUGGCAAACAGACAUCAAAGGAUCCUUAUAUUACAUACUCACAACAAGCGAUUUACAAUUUUUGAGCGAAGAAAUCACAUAGGCUAUUCAGGAAUUCUGUGG